GUUACAUUCCACUUACGAAGCGUUGCCAGUGACUUUCUGAGCAGCAAAGAAAGUUUGGUCAGCAAUUCCAUUGCUCUAUUUGCAGGGGUCAUUUUGGUGGAUUGUAGGAAGUGGAGAUCUAAGGAUUGAUUCCAGGGUUGAAAUAUAAGAAGUAACAAGUUAUAAGCACACACUCACCUAAAGUGGAUUAAAGUCCAAAGACCCAAUAUGGCUGAAAGUAAAGCCACUAGUGUGCUGAGCUGGGAUCAAGUGAGCAGUUUGAAUGAUGUCCUCACUGAGGUGGUCCUCAUUCACGGCCGUGGAAACUUUCCAACAUUAGAGGUCAGACUCAAAGAUGUGGUUAAGACUGUAAGGACCAGGCUGUUUGAAAGUGGAAUUCUAGUACGGGAUGUCCGUCUUAAUGGGUCAGCAGCCAGCCAUGUCCUAGUAAAGAAUAAUGGCUUGAAUUACAAAGAUUUGGACUUAAUUUUUGGGGUUGAUCUACCAGGGGAAACUGAAUUCCAGUUGGUAAAAGAUGUGGUGCUGGGUUGUCUGUUGGAGUUCCUUCCAGAAGGAGUUAACAAAGAAAAAAUCACCCCCCUUACACUCAAAGAGGUCUAUGUGCAAAAAAUGGUGAAGGUCUGUACGGAUACAGAUCGUUGGAGCUUGAUCUCCCUCUCCAACAAUAAUGGAAAAAACGUGGAGUUAAAAUUUGUGGACUCUCUCCGCCGACAGUUUGAGUUUAGUGUUGAUUCCUUCCAGAUCAUCUUGGAUUCUCUCUUAUUUUAUUAUGAUUACUCGGAGAACCCAAUGAGUGAGCAUUUCCAUCCAACAGUAAUUGGGGAAAGUGUAUAUGGGGACUUUGAGGAAGCAUUAGAUCACCUCAGGAAUACACUGAUUGCAACCAAAACGCCAGAGGAAAUCAGAGGAGGAGGACUGCUUAAAUACUGCAACCUUCUGGUAAGAGAAUUCAAACCAGCCAGUGAAGAAGUAAUUAAAUCCUUAGAGCGGUACAUGUGCUCUCGUUUCUUUAUUGAUUUCCCAGACAUCACUGAACAACAGAGAAAGCUAGAAGUCUACCUCCAGAAUCACUUCAUCGGGGAGGAGAAAAGCAAAUAUGAUUACCUGAUGAUCUUGAGGAAUGUUGUGAAUGAGAGCACUGUUUGUUUGAUGGGACACGAAAGACGCCAAACUCUCAACUUAAUCAGCCUUUUGGCACUCAAGGUGCUGGCAGAGCAAAACAUCAUCCCUAAUGUCACCAAUGUCACUUGUUAUUACCAGCCUGCUCCAUAUGUCAGUGAUGCAAACUUUAGCAACUACUAUGUAGCGCACACUGCCACUUCAUACCAACAAUCGUAUCCUACCUGGCUUCCCUGCAACUAAUAAGUAAUGCUAUGUUCACAGUUGACUUGUGUGCAGAUUGAUGCAGCUCAGCUCACCAUUGUGGCUUCUUUCAUUCACCUUAGCUGAGAAGGGAGCAAACCCUGUGGCUGUUGUAUAUGUUGCACGUAUUAAACUGCAAUGAGAAUACAAGGAUAAUAUGCACACAUUAAUUUUUGCUGUAGGAAAAUCCAAAAAAGUCACUGAUCAAUGGUACAUAAAUUUUUAGGACUAUAACUCUAUGCUAUCAAGAGUCCUGAUAGUACACUGUGUCAUAGUGUUCUGGCAAUGUAAAUUUCUGUAAAGGGUUAUCUAUCCUCACACUGUGUACUAGCAACAAAUUUGUUAAUUUUAGGGCAAAAAUGCAAAUAAGAAUUCACGAUAAUUCAGCACUUUUUUUUUAAAGUAACCCAUUAGGUAAGUUUGCAAAUAAAAAUGUAGGGGUUUCAGUGAUUUUGCUUUUUUUUGAACAUGAGGCACAAUGUUAGAAACCUACAGUUCACACUUCGGUUAGAAUUCUAAGUCAUUCCUGUAGUGACUUAGUAGGGAAAGGUGGUGGGUGUGAAGAAAGAAUUGGUGUGCUUGUGUAUAAAGCUGCAAAGAUUCGCUGCACAACUGCAAAACAAGUUUACAGAUAAGCAGGCCAUAUUAUAGUUGGCUUGGGUGACAAUGAUGGACCAUCGCCAUACCAAGAAAGGAGAAUGUGUAAUCUGGAAAUUUCUACCUCUUGAAUAAAUGACAAUUGGUAUUUGAAGAUAAAAUCUUGCAUUUGCAAAAACAUUUUAGAAGAUAAAAUUCAAACUAAAUUUUCCUGUUAUUUUUGUAUAAGCUCUGCUACUCAGGAAAAUGAGCUGAGCGAUCUUAAAAGGUUAGUUGCACACUAUCCCUAAGUUAGCUGUGUUAAUGAAUACAGUAAAGCCUUCUGCAGAGUGAGUUGCAAUGUUGAAUUAUUUUGGUGCAGAAAAUAGCUAUGCUUCUGCAUCAUGGUGUAUAAAUACACUUUUUUUCAUGGCUGCUUGCAUCAGCCUUUUAAUCUAAAUCCCAUUCCCAGGUAAUGGAAGUUUGGGCUGAAGUUAGUGUAUUCUUAAUGCAGCUUUACUGGGUUGGAGGAAAGUCCAAAUCUAACAAGUGUCAAUUUUUAAAUUGUCCUUACCACUCCAGUAAGUGCCCUGGAAUAGGGAUAGAGAAGUGUAAUUUGAACUUUCUGAACUCUAAGUCUGCCAAUGUGUGGCAGGCUGGCUUUCAAAUGCAUGGUUCAUGGUGUGAAAGAAGUACAAAUUUUGCUAAGUUCCAGGUGCAGAAACUAGUGUGCAGUAACACUGAGCUUUGCCUGAAUUUAGUAAACUGAGUGAUCUUUUGAGCUAAAAUAUAGAUGACGUUAGAUACUAAACCACACUGAGGUAAUGUGACAUGAAACUUUUUAUUCACGUUCUGCUCUGGACCAGAUUGUUUUGUCCUUCAAUUUGAAUGGAGUUUGUGAAUAAAUAGAAUCCUCGAUUUAAAUAUAACGAAUAUUUCCUGAAACACCUCAGGCCUGGAAAUGUCAAAGUUGAUAUUUGUGAGCUGAUUUGUUAAUAUCUUUUUCUCUCAAAAGAAAGUGGGUGGGAACAGCUUAAAUUGAAUAUAACCAGUGGACUGACAGUAACAAAGUACAUCAAAUUACUUCCAUUAACAUUUUUGAAUUAAUGCUAACACCAGGAAAAAUUAUGCAGCAACUCCUGCCAUUAAAUAAACAAGAACACAGUGUACUAUUGGUGAGGCCUUUUUUGUUUGAGAUUUAAUUAUGCAAAGUGUUAAUGAAUGCAGUCAAUCUAGGAUGGUCCAGCACACAUUCCAGUUCAGUGUGAACAUAGUAUUGCUGUACUUAAGUGCAGGGGACAAUUGAAAAUUGCAACUUUAAUAAAUUGUAUACUGAAUUUCAAAACACCAGCUCAGAAUUACAUAGAACAGAAAAUAGCAGAGUAUAACUUUGCAAAUGUAAAGGCUUUAUUUUUGACACUUAUGUCCUUUUUGAACACUUGUGUAUAGUUUCAAUAAAGAAUAUUGGGAGCGGCUGAGAGGACUAGAACUUGGGUAUACUUUUUAAAAGCUGGUUAGUGAGGUGGGUUCUAAGUUCUGAAUUGAACAAAUUCUUGCUGCAGUCGCAGUCAGAUUCAGUCAAGUUCAAUGAAUUUUGAUCAGAAUUGUGCAUGAAAGGAAGUCUGUUGCCCAGUAUGUCCUGAAGCUAUUUCAUUAAGGGAAAUGGAGAAAUAAGUUGUAAAGAUGUACAUUAAACCUUUGUAUUGCACAGGGAACUCUCUCUCUAGUGUCGAUUUCUAUUGCAAUGUGAUUGUCUUCUAUAGACAGUGGCAAAUUUCUGCAUAGUUGCACAAUUGGUGAGAUUUGUUUCUAAUCUGGAUGAUAUUAAACUGUUCAGCCAUUGCGUGGGGCAUCAAAGUUGCAUUUGGUUCUGUUCUCAAAUAGAUACCUAAAUAUUCAUUUUUCUGGGAGAGUCACAAGGUAGUGACACGAAAUGGGAAUUUCCCAAACAGUGGGGAGGGAAAAGGUGCUAAGUACAGACAGUCAAUUAAAUCUGGGAUAAUCUUGAUCUGUAUGAUUUGUUGCCUUAUCACCUGGUGAAUUUACCCACCCAGCAAGAAAGUCUGAAAAGGAUAUGUUUAUUAUUUUUUGGGCAUCUAAGCAUGCUAUAGUCUUGAGUGCUUGCUACUACACUUAAUGUUGCAAAAUGUAGCUAAAUCAGAUACUCAAUGCUUAGUUCAGGAUUGUGUAAAUACUGGGUGAGUGUAUGAGGCAUUGGAAUUCUCUUGCUGGUGUAUGUUUUUGUUUGAUUUUUGUACCCUGAUUUCAGUUAUUUUCCUGUAACUAGGGACAGGCAUCAAAAGGAGGAAACAACUAUUCUUAUUCAAAUUUUUUUUGUUGGGUUUGAAUAAUAAGUAUAGAGAUGAUUGGGGCUGAGACUUCUAUUCCUGUGAGAAUUUAAAAUUGUAUUUUUAUUUUAAGAUUAACUCAGCUAUUACUAGCAAUACUUGUGUAUUUAAAGUUUCCAGAUUGUGCUGCUGUACAUGCUUUGUACAAAUAUGUAGACCUUUGGUCCCUAUUUGACAAUAAAGACUAACCAAUAAAAGGUCAACUCAAUUGAAUUUAUUUUUUAAA